AUGGCAAGGAAGGCAAGUACGUCCGUAAAGAAGCCACAGCAUCUUGCGGCCGUUGAGGAAGGGGCUUUACACGUGCAGAGUGCAGUAUGCAGAAAUGCAGAAAUGCAACGACCUGAACAGGAAACAUGGAGGGCACCUCAUGAGUUGCAGAUGCGUCCAUUAGUGCACGCAAGGGAGGAAAAGGUGCAGGCGGGAGAGGACGCAGCCGGAUCGUGGCUUGAGUCUAUUCCACGUCCCUUCCAUCAUCACCAUCGUCGUUGGUGCUCCGUUUUGACCGAGGUGUGGACGGGUGACGGGUGGGACCAGCGGGACAGGUGGCCCCAGCUGGCUCAUGAGUUUAUGGCAGGUGUGCUCCCUGCAGGUGUCCAGCUUGCUGCUUCCCGUCGUGUCUUGAUCCAGGAAAACACCGUGCUCUCGAAGGCAGGAGUACAUGAGCUGAAGCCUGAGGCCCCUUCACGCUACAUGUGUAAAUGUCCCUACCUAGAUACCCUCGAGAGUCUGAACGGGGAAGACACUCAGGAGUUCAGAGUCCAGAAUCCAAAAGUCCAAGUCCAGACUGAACUGUGGAAAGCAGAAACUCCCGGGGAAAUUGCUUCGGCCCUUGCCUUUUCGACACCAGCUGAACGACAAAGACUGGAACUCUGCAUCGCCAAUAUGGAACCCAAUUACAACUCACCCAAAUGUAUCAGGUCCGUAUCCGUACUCUCAUCACCUCGACCCCUCGAUCCCUCGACCCCUCCAUGGACCCUCGCUGAACCCUCGUCGAUCGAUCAACCCUCGAGUUUGACGCGCCUCGACGGUUCCAGUCCUGCGUCCCGGCUCCCGUCUCCCAUCUCCCAUCCUCAUGUUGUCACCACCGUCAUCACACACCACCAUCAGCCCGUCGCACCCCACACCGUCUCUGGCUUGCCUCUGGCUUUCUACUUCCCUCAGCAUCUCAAGUACACUUCGGCCUCGUCGCAUCCGUGGCAUAAUACCCACAAGGCGGGUGUUUGCCACCUACCUAGUCCCGACUUCACUAGUGUAACAUUUCACCCAGCAAUGUCUCCGAUCCUACGGAUACAGCCAUGGGAAAUUGACAAUCGGCUCGCCAGCCUGGAUCUUGUUGACCCAAUGGGGACCAAAGACACAGAAUUGUCUCUCAUUCGUCAACAAACCGACAGACAUGGAGGCUUCCAUGCGAGGUGUCGUGGGCCGGUCAGCACACCCUGCGUGCCUGCGUGCCUCCAUGUAUGCAACUUCACGGCGCAUCUCCUAUCCCACUCGUCGCAUACGACAUACGGCGACGUGGAGCUCGGACUCCUAUCGCGGCUGCUCCCCGUCCACCUAGUCCUGGAAAUUGUCCUGGAUGUUUGGGUGACUGAACCUCACCUCGUCCUCAACGCGCUGCACCCACGCCAGCCCAUCACCAUCUUCCAGCUCACCAGCCCUUUGCCGAUUAUUGCACGCCGGCCGACCCCUUUCCGGCAUGCCGAAUGUCGGCAGCUCAGGGCCGGCGCAACACUUACACACCUCGCUGCUGUCUCCUUACCUCGUCCCUUGAGGGCAUUGGAUAGUACGGUGCCCAACAGACAAGAGUCGCCAACCAACAAAAUCCAACUCCGGCUUCUUGCGGCGACUCUUCAAACUCCCAUCAUUUACAUCACCAUGAUCCUCUUCUCGACCCAAUGA